GAAACCGAAGUCUAGCUAAAAGCGCGUGAAUCUUCCAGAGACUUCAAUCCAAAAGCAGAACUUCUACCCACAAGCUUAUUCCACACACAUCCGCGCAGUGAAUUUCUCUUUCUACGGAGAGGCUUGCGUUGUGAGACAUCUAAACGAUGUCGUAUUUGCUGCCGCACCUUCACUCCGGAUGGGCCGUCGAUCAGGCGAUCCUCGCUGAGGAGGAACGCCUCGUCAUCAUCCGUUUCGGUCAUGACUGGGACGAAACCUGUAUGCAGAUGGAUGAGGUGCUGGCUUCAGUUGCUGAGACAAUAAAGAACUUUGCUGUGAUAUAUCUGGUGGAUAUCACAGAAGUGCCAGAUUUCAAUACUAUGUAUGAGUUGUACGACCCUUCCACUGUCAUGUUCUUCUUCAGGAACAAGCACAUUAUGAUUGAUCUUGGCACUGGAAACAACAACAAGAUCAACUGGGCCUUAAAGGAUAAGCAGGAGUUUAUUGACAUUGUUGAGACCGUGUAUCGUGGUGCCAGGAAGGGCCGUGGUCUAGUUAUUGCGCCUAAAGAUUACUCUACCAAAUAUCGUUAUUGAGUUUGGCGUAUCUCUUUCAACAAUUGUAUGGCAUUAUUGAUCUUCAAUAGCCCAUAACUUGAGCUUGUAAGCUGGCACAUUUAGCCUAAUUGCUCCAGUGACUGCAGUUACGUUAUGCUUUUGGGGGUGAUCGGCGAUGAUGUACGCAUAAUUGUUUGUUCAAACUCUCUGCUUAUAAAUGAAGCUUAGGAGAGUAUUACUGUGUAUGAAACUCAAGAACACAUCUUAAAACUUGGCCUUCGGAUGCCGAUGUGAUUGUUAAGGGUGCUAGUAUGUUGCCUUUUACUGGUAUGUGAUUUAACGUCUGUGGAAGUUACCUAUUCAUAGUUA